UACAAACAUGCCAUCCUCUGGCAGUGUGGCCCCAGCGGUCGAGCGAGCUCAAGGCCGUGCUGUUGCCGUGUCUCACCAGUCGCGCGGCUUUGCGGCAGGAGCGUCCAGCUCGCCUUAAGAUAGAGAAAGAAGAUUUAGCAACCCUUGCCUGUGCAGGUUGAUUCAUCUAAUAAUGUUUCGGAUAUCGCAGUCCGUCCGCACCGUUGUCGGAGCCCAAAAGGCAAAUGUUUCCCUGCGGUUGCGCUCCACUCAAAGUGCCACGGCCCUGGCCGACGCCAGCGGUGCAGCCAGCGACUUAGAAUGGGAGAAUGCACAACCUUACACCAAGAUUCCUGGGCCGGAGCCGCUGCCAGUCAUCGGGAACAUAUACCGGUUCUUGCCAAUGGGUGAGUUCUACAAAUUAGACACGACUGAACUCUUCAAGAGCUUGCACAAGACUUAUGGGCCAGUGGUGAAGUUGGCCGGGUUUUUGGGUAAACCCGAUGUAGUCACAGUUUUCGACGCUGAUGAAGUGGCGCGGGUGUUUCGAAACGAAGGUCCUUGGCCAUUUCGCAGAGGUGCGGACUCACUGGACUACUACUAUCGCAACUUGAGAACAGACUACCCUCCGAGUCUUGUCGUCGUCCAGGGGAAGGAAUGGCAAGAAUUCCGAACAGCAGUCAACCAGGUCAUGAUGCAGCCCAGAAAUACCAAGCAAUACGUUGAGCCCAUCGAUAGAGUGAGCCAGGAGUUCGUGGACAGAAUGAAAGCUGUUAGGAAUGACAAACUCGAAAUGCCUCCAGACUUCUUCCACGAAAUAGCUAAAUGGGCUUUGGAAUCCAUCACAUUUGUCGCCCUGGAUGCUGAGCUUGGUUUGUUGAAGAAUCUGGAACCAAACUCUGAAGCGAGUAAGAUGAUACAGGCCGUUCACGUCGUGUUCGACAGCAUGUAUCAGCUUGAUUUCAAGCCGUCUCCAUGGAAGUUUGUCUCAACUCCAGCGUACCGACGGUUCGUCACAGCCAUGAACUUCGUCACCGGUGUGUCAGCGAAGUACGUCAACUUGGCCAUGGAGCGACUGAAGCAGCUCCCACCAAAUGAGGAGCGAAACUUCAGUGUGUUGGAAAAUCUGCUGAUCCGAACUGAAGACCCUCAAAGAGCGGUGACCAUGGCUCUAGAUAUGCUGCUCGCGGGCAUCGACACUACAGGGACGGUUGUGGCGACUGUAAUGUAUCAAUUAGCGACCAACCCAGACAAGCAGCAGAAGCUGCACGAAGAAUUGGACAGGGUGAUUCCCGAUCCCUCUAAGCCCCUAACCAAGCAACAACUUGAAGACAUGAGGUACCUGCGAGCUUGUAUCAAGGAAUCCAUGAGGGUGAUGCCCAUCUUAGUUGGCAAUGCGCGCACCACAAUCAGGGACUUGGUUAUUGGAGGAUACCAGGUGCCGAAAGGAACUCUGGUGAGCAUGAGCACGCGUGAAAUGACGUCCAACGAGGCCUACUUCCCGAGGGCCCUAGAGUUCCUUCCGGAGCGGUGGCUUCCCGGCGCCGACGACAUCAAGGGGACCCACCCCUUCGCCUUCUUGCCGUUCGGCUUCGGGCCGCGAAUGUGCGUCGGGCGCCGGUUCGCCGACCUGGAGAUCGAGACCGUCGUGGCAAAGGUGUUCCGGAACUUCUCCAUGGAGUGGAAUCGACCUCCUGCCAAGGCUACGUUCCGCAUACUGUUUAGCUUCACUGACCCACUUGCUUUCACUGUCAAGGACAGAGUCUGAUCCUGGGGCGAAAAAAGUGUGUGUAACGGUACCUGUUCCAUAAGAUAUUAAAAAAACCUCGAGUAUUGACAAAUAAAGUUUUUAUACACUAUUA